AUGGACCAAGUGAUGGACGGCGGGAGAUUCCCGCUCGAACAAUGGUUCUGGGAAAUGCCUUUCUGCACACGAUGGUGGACCACGACAACAUUUGCCAUUAGUGUUUUAGUGCAGUGCCAAAUUGUCACGCCAUGGCAGCUGUUCUAUAGCUAUUCUUCUGUGUUUGCCAAGGGCCAGUACUGGCGGCUACUUUCGACGUUCCUUUACUUUGGCCCCAUAUCUAUGGACCUUGUCUUCCACAUAUACUUCCUUCAGCGAUACUCGCGUCUACUCGAGGAAUCAGCCGGUCGUUCCCCCGCCGUCUUCUCCUGGCUACUCGUCUAUGCUAUGGCCUUCCUGCUCGUCAUAUCAUCUUUCAUACAUAUGCCCUUCCUAGGCCAGCCGCUGUCAUCGACACUCGUCUAUAUCUGGUCUCGACGGAAUCAUAACACACGUCUGAGCUUUCUUGGUCUGAUGACGUUCAGCGCACCCUACUUGCCGUGGGUGCUAAUGUGCUUCAGCCUGGUUCUCCACGGAAGCAUUCCCCGAGACGAGAUUAUGGGUGUCGUCAUUGGCCAUGUUUACUGGUUUUUCACAGACGUGUACCCGCCACUGCACAACGGGGUGCAGCCGUUGGCACCACCAAGCUGGUGGCGGUGGAUUUUUGAGGGCCAGCGGCCACAAGCCAACAACGACAUGCAAGCUGUUGAUGAGACUGCUGGAGCCGUCGACCAAGACUUUGCUGCUGCGCGCGCUGAGCGUAUUCCAGAACUGAGAUGA